GCAUAAAGUGAGCACCCAGCGGAACUGCGCAAAGUAUUUGUGCAAAAUUUGUGUGAUAACCGCGAUCUGUGUGCACUGUUAGAAUUUAUAAAAAAGUGUCAAUUUUACUUUUUUUCACUCUAAUAAUUAUCUGUGAAUUUAGUGUUCUUUUUUAUUAUUAAAUAUUGGAUUUCACCUAAUUAAAAAAAUAUCAAUACAGGUAUAUGUAAGUUAGGAAAAGAUGUAAAGUAGUUUUCAUAAUAACAAUUUCAUUCUAGUCUAACUUUUUUUUUGACUGAAGAACUGUCAUGUAGAACGAACAUAUUGCUUGGAAGGUUUUGGAUUUGAUUAAGUCAUAUACCUAUAUUUUUUAUCACUUGUACGCAAAUUAAAUUUAAUGGUAUGGUUUCAUAUUGCUUUGGAACUGUGGGACUGUAAAUAAGGAAAUAUAAAAAUGUAAGUAGAAGUAACAAAAAAUAUGCGGAACAGAAUGAAUAUAAUAAAAUGGCCUCUAAGGAAUUUGCCUGCUCGCCAUUUCUCAACAACAGCUCGUUGUGGUCAGGCUGCUGAACCUGGAAUUGAUAUUGGGUCAAACAAGGUGGGUUUAGGAUGUCCGAUUCACGGUCACCGUGCGCGCUCCACGCACGCAGCUAUAGACACGUCGGUGUUCGAGAAUGUGGCGCCAUCUGUAAAGUCAUGGGAGGAGGUGCCGGGACCGAAGCCACUACCGCUUCUGGGCAACACUUGGCGGUUUAUACCUUAUAUCGGUGGUUAUUCAGUUGAACACGUGGAUAAAGUAUGUUUAUCUCUUCGAGAGCAAUAUGGCAACUGUGUGAAGAUGGCGGGACUGCUGGGAAGACCUGAUAUGCUGUUCGUUUUCGACGCCUGGGAAGUCGAGAGGGUCUUCAGAGGAGAGGACGUGGCACCACACAGGCCUUCAAUGCCGUCGUUAAAUUACUACAAGCAUACAUUGAGACGGGACUUUUUUGGUGCCGAAGAUAAUUGCGCCGGAGUUAUCGCUGUUCACGGAGAAGCAUGGUCUGCAUUCAGAACCAAAGUAUCAAAAGUGGCACUGAGCGCAGGCGCGGCCGCUGAGUAUACUGUACCCGUGGCUCAAGUAGCCGACGCAUUUGUUAAUAGAAUACGUAAAAUUAGAAAUGAGAAGCAAGAGACACCAGAUGACUUUUUGAAUGAAGUUCAUAAAUGGUCUUUGGAAUCUCUAGGUCUAGUCGCACUGGACACUCGGCUGGGUUGUUUCGAAGCCAGCGAAGGUUCAGAGAGUCAACGUUUGAUUGACGCGGUCAACACUUUUUUCCUCUGCGUGGGUGAAUUAGAAUUGCGAGCUCCGUGGUGGAGAAUUUAUCCGACGGCAAUGUUUAAAAGAUACGUAGCUGCACUUGAUACCAUCCUCAGUGUAACUCUAAACCACGUGGAGAGGGCGCUGGAGGAGACCCGUAAAGCAAACAGUAGCAAGUCACUGCUACAAGACUUGGUGGCUGCAGCAGGAGCCAGGGUCGCCGCUGUCGCCGCUCUAGACAUGUUCCUUGUGGGAAUUGAUACGACGUCAAAUGCCGUAGCGUCGACGUUGUACCAGCUGUCUUUAAGGCCGAAUGUCCAAGAAAAACUUUACAAAGAGAUCACCGGGGUCCUGCAGGGGAGACCUAUGAAGCCUGGUGAUGUUAACCAAAUGCCAUAUUUAAGAGCCUGUAUUAAGGAGGUUUUAAGGAUGUAUCCAGUUGUGAUCGGCAAUGGCAGACAGUUAACGAAGGACACAGUUAUUUGUGGUUAUAACAUACCAAAGGGUACUCAAGUGAUUUUCCAACACUAUGUUAUGGGAAAUACGGAAGAGUAUUUCACUAAAGCGUCAGAGUUCUGCCCUGAACGAUGGAUACAGAGGACUGCUGGGCAGAACCACCAUCCUUUCGCAUCGCUGCCUUUUGGUUUUGGGAAACGAAUGUGCCUCGGUAGACGAUUUGCUGAAUUGGAAAUACAUACUGUGAUUUGUAAGAUGGUGCAAGCUUUCAAAAUGGAAUAUCACCAUCAGCCUUUGGAAUACCAUGUCCAUCCCAUGUACACACCAAAUGGACCGAUACGCUUGAAACUAAUUGAACGAUAGACAAUUUGACAUAUAUUCUGAUCAUUGUAUGUAUAUAUAAUAUGUAUGUAUAAGAAUAAAUAAACAUUCUUAUGCAAACGCAUGAUAGAGCCUUCCAAAGUAAAAUAUUGUAUUGCCACUUUGGAUGGUUUUUAUUAGCUUAUACUUUUUUAAAGUAAUUAAAAAACUGAACAAACUUAAAAAUUAGUAAAAUGACGUUCGGCCGUAGAAAAUGCAAGACCGGAGAUAUGUUGAAUGUGAGUCUUCCUUAAAAAGGAAAAGAUACAAAAUGUAGUUAAGGAAAUUAUUUCUUUUCUUAGCAUGUUAUAUUAUCUAAAAAAAGAGACUUUUUUUUUCUUAUUUGGUCAACUUUGAGAUAUUAGUUUUUUUUAAGAGUGCGAUAGGUACAGUUUUAUUUAGGUAAUCAUUAUAUCAUCAUCAUCAUCAUUUCAGCCAUUAACUGCGUCCUGCUAAAAAUAGGCCUCCCCCAUAAGGAGGGUUUUGCUAGUAGUUGCCAUGCUUGGCAGGCGGGUUGGCAACAGCAGUUAGGCUUUUGAUGAUGUUUUAAUAAAUAGAUACCUAUUUAGAAAUAUUGUAAAAUAAAGAUUAAAAAAGUACUUAUUUAAUUUCACUGAAUAUAAUUAAUACAUAAGAGGAUCGAAGUCACUUAAACCCAUUUCUGGUGGGUCGGGCAUUAAAAUAACAUUUGAUUUUAUCUAUUUUAAUAAUGAUUUAAAUUUAAUAAAGAAAUAAUCAUUUCA